UUUUAAUUAUGUACAGUUUAACUUACAGGUGUGCUUGACCCAAUAGUAAUCCAGGGAAGAUACUGGAAGCCCUCAGGUAGGCCUAUAAAAGGACAGCUGCUGUGGGGCUCAUCCUCUUCCCCCUGGACCAGAUCAACAGGCGAAGUGCUGCCGGAUUUUUCAACAUCCUACCUGGAAAAUGGAAUCUCUGAUGAAACUGCUCCUGAACAGGGCCAGUGAAGAGGACGGUGAAGCCUGGCUGCGUCGAUGCCUGGAACCGGCCACCGCAAGUGAGGAUGAAGAAGAAGCAAGCUGCUCCACGUCGCAGAGGACAAGCGCGGGUCAGUGGGUGGACGAGCCGGCGGAGGAGCGCUAUCCGAGGCGCGGAAUGGCGACCAGGAGAUCCAGCCCAGCUGCUGCGGGGACGGAGGACGCAGCGGUGGACGAGAACAUGGCAGCGGAGGUCGGCGGCGGCCAGUCGGGCGGCAGGACAGGCGGAAAGAGGGCGGCCAGCUCGCGGUCACCAGCAAGCAGCGGACGGCGGGGCGGAACAAAGAAGCCCGCGACUCAGGCGAAGAAAGGGGGGCCAUCCCCUGUGGAAGUCCCCAGGCCUCCCAGCGUGGUAAGGAACCAGCAGCCGGCAGUCGGCCAGGCCAACAAGCUACAGAACUCUGCAGUACAGAGCGAGUCGAUGGAUAGAGCGUCGCAGCAGGGAGCAGGAGGACCCCCAGUGGCUGAUUUACAUCGCACUGUUUGGAUUCUGGGACACUCUUUCAUACAUUGGGCUCAUAAGAGAGCGACUCAUCGUCCAUAUACGGUAAAUUUAUCACUUCAACCGGAAUCCUUCAGGGUGCUUUGGAAGGGAGUACGUGGCCUCCAAUGGCAUCAGUUACAUUUUCAUUUGUCACGUUUAUUACAAGUUUGGCCACCUCCCUCUAUUUUAGUGCUGCACCUAGGGGGUAACGAUUUAGGAAAUCUCAGGACUGUGGAUCUUUUAAGUUGUAUCAAACGGGAUCUUGGUAGAUUUCAUGCUAUUUCCCCAAAUACGGUCAUCAUAUUUUCGGAAAUAGUUCCUCGCCUGGCAUGGCUCUCCUCUGAUAUGAGGAGGGUAAUGGAACGGAUGAGGAAAAGGGUGAAUAGGGCCAUGGAGAAAUUCAUGCCCACCAUUGGUGGACUAUCUUAUCGGCAUAUUGAUCUGGAAGGUGGUGUUCCCGGUUUUUACACAUCUGAUGGGGUCCACUUUUCGGAAAUAGGUUUGGACCUGUUUAAUCUUGGUUUGCAGUCCAGUAUUGAAAUGGCCGUGGUGGUGGGGGUGGGCCGGGCUUGA